AUGCCACUUCCUCGUUCAGCGAAAGAAAUAUCAACGAGUGAUGGUGAAUGUGGUAAUUUAUUUUCUCGAGAAGAUCCUGAAAAAUUGUUUGUUGAAUUACGAGAAAUUGGUCAUGGAAAUUUUGGAGCUGUUUAUUAUGGUCGAAAUUCUGAUACAAAUGAAAUAGUUGCAAUUAAAAAAAUGUCAACAGGACGAAAACAAAAUACAGAAACAUGGCAAGAUAUUCUUAAAGAAAUUCGAUUUCUACGUGAAUUAAAUCAUCGUCAUUGUAUUGCAUAUCGUGGAUGUUAUUUAAAAGAAUAUACAACAUGGCUUGUUAUGGAAUAUUGUCUAGGAUCAGCAGCUGAUCUUAUUGAAGUUCAUAAAAAACCUUUAGCAGAAGAUGAAAUAGCUACGAUUGUAUGUGACACACUUAAUGCAUUAGAUUAUCUUCAUUCUAUGCAUCGAAUUCAUCGUGAUAUUAAAGCAGGAAAUAUUCUAUUAACAGAAGAUGCCAUUGUUAAAUUAGCUGAUUUUGGUUCAGCUUCGUUUAGUAGUCCGGCUAAUAGUUUUGUUGGCACUCCUUAUUGGAUUGCACCUGAAGUUAUUUUAGCAAUGGAAAAUGGUCAAUAUGAUGGUAAAGUAGAUAUAUGGUCACUUGGAAUAACUUGUAUUGAACUUGCUGAACGUAAACCACCAUUAUUUAAUAUGAAUCCAAUGUCUGCACUCUAUCAUAUUGCACAAAAUGAACCUCCAACAUUAAUGAUGAAUAGUGAGAAUCAACAACCAAAUUCUAAUGGUACACCAUGUGUAUAUACAAAUGAUUUUAUAACAUUUAUUGCUAUGUGUUUACAAAAAAAUCCAAAUGAUCGACCAAUACCUUCAGAAUUAUUGAAGACAUCAUUUAUAACAAGUAAAAGUAAUCGUGAAAUUUUAAUUGAUUUAAUAAGACGUACGAAAGACGCUGUAAAAGAAUUUGAUAAUAUACGUUAUCGUCGAAUGAAAAAAGUUCUUAUGGGACAUGAUGAACAAGUAAGUAUUAAUACAAGUAGUUCAUCUGUACCAAAUUCAAGUAUUAUUGAAUCAAAUGAAAUGAUUAUAAUGGAUAUGGAUAGUUCACAGAAUACACCAUAUCCAAUAUUAGAUGAUGAUGAUAGUCGUAGUAUAGAUUUUGUAUCGGAUACGAAUCAAGUUUAUCCAAGUGAUGAUGCAAGUUUAAAUUCAAGUCAAUCAAGUCUUCAACAUCCAAUAUCAAUACCAAUGAAUAGUCUUCUUAUUGGACGACAGAUAUCAACAACAUCUCAACCUUUACAUCAUCAAAUAAUAUCAAAUAUGAAUCGGCGUUUUUCAUCAAUUGAAAUGAAUAAUGAUAAUCAAAAUCCACUUCUUAAACCAUUACCACCACUUCAAAUUAAUACUGAUGAAUCGAAUUUUUCAAUAAGAAAUGAUUCCAUAGCAUCUGAUAAUUCUUCUAUUCAUCAACCAUAUCAUAUGAAUGCUCCACUGGCAAAUGAAUUUUCUACAAUAAAAACUUCACGUAUUGUUAUACGUGAACAACGUGAACAUGAUCUUGAAGAUCAACAACGUGAACAAUUCCAAGGUUAUAAACGAAUGAGACGACAACAUCAAAAACAAUUAAAACAAUUUGAAGAACGAUGUCGUACAGAAAAAACUGAAUUACGUUCAAAACUUGAACGAGAAUAUAAUACAUUUCAAGAACAAGUUAAUAUAGAAAAUAAUCGUUUAUUAGAAAAACAUCGAAAAGAAUUAUCUGAUCGUGUUAAAUAUAAUCAAAAUCAUUUAAGAAAAUUUGAACGUGAACAACAAACUGAUUUUGAUGAUGAACUUAAACGUUUUCAACAAGAACAAACUAAACAAUAUAAAAUGAAAAAAGAUACAUUUAAAAAAGAAAUUUUAGGUUCAUCAACACGUGGUAAAAAUGAAAAAGAAGAUGAAAUACGUCGUUUAAAAGAUGAUUUACAGUUAAAAUUACGUAAUGAAGAACAAACAUUAAAAACACAAAUAAUACAUGAUCAUAAUGUUCGACGUUUACAAUUAAAACGACGAAAAUUAUUAUUAUUACAUGUUCUUGAACAGAAAUUAUUCGAAGAAAAAUGUACAAAAAGUAUGGAUACAAUUAUACAACGACAUGCUUUACUUAAAAAACAUCAUGAGCAAACGAAAGAACUUGAACAUAAACAAUUAGGAAGUUUGCAUAAAAUGCGAAAUGAAUUUACUUCUAAACAACAUCAAACUGAAGUCGUUAAUUUUCAUGAAUAUAGUAAUCGUCGUCAAAAAGAAUUAGCUAAACGACAUGCAUUAAGUCAAAAACAAUUUCCAAAAAAUAUCAAAAUGAAACAGGCAGAUAUAAAACGUCAACAUAAAGAAGCUUAUAAUACUCAAACACGACAAUAUAAAGCUUUGAAAGAAAAAACACGUUUAGAUUAUUCACAUGCAUCAACAAAUAGUUCACGUGAAGAACUUGAUAUAAAAUUAAAAACACUUAAAGAUGAACAACGAAGAAAAUUUGAUUCAUUAUAUCAACGUUACGAAGAAACAAUACAAAAAAUGCUUGAUCAACAAAAUUUUAAACUUAAUACUGAUCAAGAACGUGAACGUACAACAUUAAAAGCCAUACUUGAUGAAGAUCAACGAACUUUACUUAGUUUACAAGAAGAAAGUCGUCAUAGAAUGGAACAACAACAUUCGGAUGAACGUAAACAAUUAGAACGUAAUAUUGAAGAACGAUUAAUUGAACUUAAUAAACAGAUGGAACAAGAAUUAACUGCUUAUAAUGAAGAUCGUACACUACAAUUUGCUUUACUUUUGGAAAAACAACGUCGUGAAUUAUCUCAAAUUGAUUCUGAAAUAACUACUUUAGGUAUUAAUGUGGCUGAUUUAGCUGAAUCAAUGCAAGAUAUACAUAUUUUUACUACGAAUUCAAAUGUUAAUACUCCUUCCAAUAAUAAUAAUCGGGCAUCAAUGAUCAGUUUACAACAUUCUUAUAGUUCAAAUUCGUUUGUUACAAAUACAACGAAUAAUGGUAAUGGUACAACAUCUCAUAAAUCAUUUAUUUAUCAAUUUUUGAUUAUCGACAUAUUUAUAAUGAAUAAUAAUAAUACAGAAAACAGUUCAGUGCCAUCAGCUGAGCAAACAACACCAGUUCAACAAGAAACAGUUGCAUCAGCAACAAUACAACCGACAUCGUUAGAUGGACCACCACCAGCAUAUGAAAUAACUCCAUCAUCAAAUACUAAUGACAAUGCAGAUGUAUUUACAUCAGUUGUAGCUGUCGAAGCUCCACCACCAUAUUGUCUUGUUGAUCCAAGUAAAAUUCCUAAUAGGGAUCAUUUACCACAUUACUCUCAAGUAUCACCAGUGGAAAUUAUCGAUCUUAAUGUACAUAAUAGUAAUGGAAUUGACCAACCAUCUCGUCAUGCAAAUCAUCCAGCAAUUGCUGCAUGGCUUACAACUGGUUCAAAUAUGGAUAUCGGUACAGAUUGUACAUUUCUCAUGGCUUUUGUUAUUGCUUUCUUUUUCAAUUGGCUUGGUUUUCUUGCCGUUGUUUGUCUUAUACCAUCAAUUGCAGCUCGUUUCGGUGCAAUGUCUGGUUUUGGUUUAAGUGUUGCAAAAUGGAUUGUAGUUAUGCGUUAUCAUGAAUUUAACACUCAUUCACCAUUUAUGAAUGGUCAUGGUCCAACAUCAUUACAUCGAACAACAAUGCAUGAUCCAGCACAAAAUUUUGUCUUUGCUAUUGUUUUAUUUGCUGGAUUUUUUCUUUUUAUCCGUGGUUUAAUAUCAUACAUAGCUGUUAAAAAUCGUGCCAAUCAACAAGGACAAACAGCUGAUGUUUUUACAUGGUACUGA